AUGUCUGCCAAUUUGGGACGACGGUUAUAUGCCCAUAUCUGGGAUACAGCAAAUCCAUUUCUUGGUCGCAUACGAAUAAAUCGCAUAUCGCCUGAUGCCAGCUCAAGAACAUUACGGGACGGACUUUUGUCUAAUCAUUCCCGACGCAUCUCAACUCUACCCAGGAAACAAAGCCACCUAACCAGGAAAUUUGCUUCGGGGAGUUUCUUCGUUCUUGGUGUUUCGCCAACUUUAACUACAGCAGAAACCACUGCAGCAUGCAUCCUCCCCUCUCGAAAAAUCGCCGCUCAAUACCUUUGGAAGCGAUCCAUACAUACCCCUAAUGAUGACCGACGCGGAAAGGAAGCCCAGGGUGCUCAAGUACGCAACGAAAAUGACCAUUCCCCAAAACUCAGCCAACCCGGCAAAGACACCUCCACUCAUUCGCAGACCGAUCCGUCCCCAUCUCAACACUCGAAACAUCAAACGCCACCGAACCGUCCUCUGAUGGAUCGUUUACCGCAUAUGCCUCACCUACAUCGACCGACUAAGGAGGAGCUUUUGGCUGCUGCGACUGGGUUCUGGUCACGAUUAAAAGUACGAUUCAAGUGGUUUUCUAUAAGAAGUGUUCGCCCUUUCAGCUUAGAUGAGAUUGCUGCACUUUUCUCCUGGGUUCUACUGGGUCAUAUUGUCUGGGUUGUCGUUGGAACUACGACAUUCUUCUCGCUUCUGAUCCUUGCCAUCAACACAGUGUUUGCUCAAGAGACGCUAGCAGGGUGGGUGGGCAACUAUCUCACCAAGUCAUCCGGGGUUAAAGUUGUUUUUGAAUCUGCAAUCGUGCCCAAAUGGAGAAAUGGCGUCAUCACCUUUAAGAAUGUCUUUGUGUCAAAGCGCCCAGGACAAGGUACAGGCCAUGUCAGCAAAGGUUCAUCCAAGAGCGCGGCUGCUGCGGCUGCGGCUCGAGGUGACACCGCAUUCGAUGAAUCCCAAGUCGCAUCUGAUGAAGAAGAGGAUACUAACUACACACAAUUUGACUUGUCAAUCGAGACAGUCAAUGUCACACUUUCAUUUACCAAGUGGCUCAAUGGAAAGGGCCCUCUUCAUGAUGUCGAAGUAAAGGGAAUUCGGGGUGUUGUUGACCGCCGACAUGUCUACUGGCCGGAGGAGGACUUGGAUCCAAAGUCCUAUCGGCAUGAGCACAAUCCCGGUGACUUUGAAAUUGACUCUUUCAAAAUGCAUGACCUGCUUGUCACUGUUUAUCAACCGGAUAACUUCCGCCCCUUCUCUGUGAGCAUCUUCUCGUGUGAUCUUCCACAGUUGCGGAAACAAUGGCUCUUCUAUGAUUUUCUGUCUGCCAACAUGAUGUCUGGGUCAUAUGAUAACUCUUUAUUCACCAUUCAUGCUCGCCAAACGCAUGGCUUCACGGGCUCGCGGUUGGAAAGCGGAACAGAAGAAGAUGGCAAGCCCAACCCGUGGAAGAAACAUAAUAGGAUACGUGUGGAUGGACUCAACGUCGACCAUCUCAAUCGCGGUGUUCAGGGGCCUUUCUCUUGGAUCCAUGAGGGGACCGUGGACAUUGUGGCGGACAUUAUGUUACCUUCGGAAAACGAUGAAAGCUUGGCUAAGGUGAUGACCGACUUUUAUGAUCGAUUGGAAGCCACAGUUACUUCAAACCGGUACCCAGAGCCUUUGUCUCCGAACUCCGAUCAGGAAUCCGAAUCCGAAGAUCGGCGUUUCCUUGUCAUGGAUUUGCGCGUGCAUCUCAACAAUGUCCGGGCGGUUGUGCCUAUCUUCACUCGAGAUCUCUCUUACAUUAACAACGCGCUUAUCCGGCCUAUUGUGGCCUACAUCAACUCGAAGCGCACUUUUAUUCCGAUCAACUGCCGUUUGGUCAAACGCGUCGGUGAUUUCGAUGGAAGCUGGACCAUCUUUGAUAGUAGUUUGAUGGAUGACCUAUCAGCUGCGACCUACGAUGCUUUUGCCCGAGAUGUCGUGGAUGACGAAGCCCGGAAAAGGCGGUUCAAGAAAGUCGGGUUCUGGUCCCUUCAGCUGGCCGCCCAGGCUAUUUUCAUGGGCAUGGCAGGCAACAUCGCCUAA